UAUGUCACAGUCUCAUUUCAGGGUAAGUCAAACAAGCUAGCUCUCUACUGCUGCUCUUUUUAUUUUUGCAUUAAUUUCUCGCUCAUAUAAACUCUGAUCCUGAGAAGAAUUUAAUCAUAGCAACUAUUGUAGGGGUCCAGUCUGUUGGAACAUAGCCUGAUCAUGGGGGUGACCGUAUUAUGCUAACGCAUCAUCUGGACUCAGGGAAGCCACAGGCAAGAUGGAAAAAACAAAACAAGGAGAGAAUGAGAUUAUGCCAGUGAAUAGCCCAUCUACACAGAUUUACCAGGCUACGAAGUACAUGUCUUCCCCGAACUUGCCUCCAGUGGGAGCCCGGCUCCAGCGGCAGGACGGAGGGAUCAUUACCUCUCUAGAACAGCUCCAUGAAAAAAUCAACGAGAUGAGAGACGUGUUCAACUCGCUGGAGAACAAGCUGCAGGCAUUGGCCUCUGAGCUCAAAACUGGUUUUACGGAAGCAAUGCAAGAGCUUUCAAGAAUUCAACAUGGAGAAUAUGCUUUGGAAGAGAAAGUUAAGAGCUGUCGGUGCACAAUGGAGGAAAGAGUGUCAGAGAUGAAGAAUUCCUUAAAUUAUUUUAAGGAAGAGCUUAGCAAUGCCAUGUCAAUGAUCCAAGCCAUCACCACCAAACAGGAAGAAAUGCAACAGAAAAUUGAGCAACUUCAGCAGGAAAAGAGAAGAGAGUCUCGCAAAGUGAAAACCAAAAAAACACAAAAGGAAGAGCAUGCGGCACCAGCUGGACCUGCACCGACCCAAGGUAGUCCUUUCCGCUCAAUCAAUAUCCCUGAACCUGUUUUGACAAGUGAAGAUUUUACAAAUAUUUUGCCAACUCAGGCCUAUGAGAAAGGCCAAGAGUCCAGACCAGUUCAUGCAGGAGACAGUAAUGUGAAAGGAAUAAUGAGUCCUGGAGUGAAUGCAGCAACUCCAGAAGCAGAAGAAAAUCUUAAAUCCUGCCUAUCUGCUGAUGUUCAGUCCAAGGGUCCUCUGACCUCUGGGCUGUGGAGACAGCCCAAGGACAGUAAGGAAUGGAGUGAGGAGUAUGGAUCCAAGGAUCACCCAGAUAAACCGAAGGAAGCAGCCCAAGGCAGGCACAGCUCCUUAGAGAAUGUUUUAUGUGAAACAUCUUUAUCUGCUAAAAGACAAACUGUGGCUCUGGAGCUGCUUGAAUCAGAACGAAAAUAUGUCAUCAAUAUAUCCCUGGUCCUGAAAAUCAAAGCAACAUUCCAGGGAUCAGAUGGGAAGAGGAGUACCAAGGAGAGAAGUCUUUUCCCAGGUUCCUUGAGGUACCUUGUCCAGCAACAUUUGGAUUUACUUCAUGCACUGCAAGAAAGGGUCCUGAAAUGGCCACGACAAGGAGUUCUGGGGGAUUUAUUCCUUAAAUUGACAAAUGAUGAAAAUAAUUUUCUGGACUACUAUGUUGCUUACCUGAGGGACUUGCCUGAAUGCAUCUCGUUGGUCCACGUCGUUGUCCUGAAAGAGGCUGAAGAAGAGAUUAAAUCUGACCUGUACACACUGUUUUUUCACAUAGUCCAGAGGAUCCCUGAAUACCUCAUUCAUCUGCAGAAUGUCCUGAAGUUCACUGAGCAGGAACACCCUGACUACUAUCUGCUUUUGGUGUGUGUCCAGCGCCUCCGAGUUUUUAUCUCUCAUUACACCCUGUUGUUUCAAUGCAAUGAAGAUCUGCUCAUUCAGAAACGUAAAAAACUCAAGAAGUCAUCCAUGGCAAAGCUAUAUAAAGGACUGGCUUCCCAGUGUGCAAACGCCGGGCAGGAUGCUUCCCCUGCCCCUGGUCCUGAGGCCGUCCGAGACAGUGGUGGGAUCCACUCUGAAGAGAUGCUACAGCCAUACCCUGCUGCCACCAGCCCUGGCUCAGCUGUCACACACUUGAUGCCCCAAGUGAAGAAAAGCCAACAACAAAGCUUGCUGGAGAACACUCAGCCCGGAAAGCCCUGUGACUGGGAGAUGGAGGCUAGAAAGCACGAGAGGCCGGAAAGCCUCCUGGCCCCGACUCAGUUCUGCACCACUGAGCAGGACUUGAAGGCCCUGGCGGGGCCCCUACAGGCAAUCCCGGAGAUGGACUUUGAUCCGGGCCUCGCGGACGAGCGCUCCCUGCGGGCCCCGGCCGAGCUGCUGGCUGACAGCCGGCCCUUCGUCCCCAGCUACGAGGAGUUCGAGUACAGCGGCGAGCUCUUCACCCUGCCGGCUCCCUACGAGGAGGAGGCUUUCCAGAGCCUGCCCCUCUUCGAGGCCUGCUCCCCGGCCUCCUCCGAGUCCAGCCUGGACAUCUGCUUCCUCCGGCCCGUCAGCUUCACCAUGGAAGCCGAGAGGAGCGAGCACUCCCUGCAGCCCCUGCCCAAGAGCUCCACGUCGCCCGUGAGCAGCAGCACGUACAAGCACGAGGCCGUCCACGGCAAGACGAAGCCGCUGAGCCGCUCGCUCAAGGAGUUCCCACGGACGGCCACGUCGGAGGGCGUCACCACCAGGUUGUACAGUACGCGGAGCAGCAGCGGCGGCCGCGUGCAGCUCAAGCAAGAGAGGCCUGGCCAGCCCCACAUCACCUCUGCCACAGCCAGGAGCUCCCCAAGGAACUUCUUCCCCCCCCAGAGAACCCAAAGUGAAAAACAGACCUAUUUGGAAGUAAGGAGGGAAAUACAUGUAGAAGAUAACACCAGAUUCUGUCCAAAGGAAGAGAGAGAAAGUGAGCAAACAUCAUUCAGUGAUCAGCAUCCCAGCAGGCAAGACCAGAAAGGGGGCUUUCGCAGCUCCUUCCGCAAGCUCUUUAAAAAGAAGUCCAGUGGAUCAGAAUACAGGGAAAAAACUAAUGAAAACCCCUCAAUGGAUCCUUCACCCACCAAACAAGAUCUCUUCAGAAACCAACUUGUUCUUGCAAAUGACCUUGACCAAGGAACUGCUGUGUAAAACAAAUGUAAAGUGUUAUUGUCAAGUGAUGAGACAAAGAUGGACAGUGUCUAUGUGUAUACAUCUGUGCACGUAUAUCUAUAUAAAGUCUUAAUGUAUAAAUUACUGAUGAAGAGCUAAUGAUCUAAAUAUUUGCAUUUGAAAACAAGUCAACUUGCAAAGCAUUGACAAGAGAUGAAGCCCUUUCUGUGAAUAAUGCUGAAUUUCAUGCCUGGAUAUUUGUGAGAAAAGAAAUGAAGAAUUUGUGAGGCUUUCCUCAUUGAAAGAGCCAGCAAUAGACACUAUUAGUUUGAAGGAAAAUAAACAUUUUUAAAAACAAAAUCCUCCCACUUUGAAAUUGUGCAACAAGUAUAACACUGGACACACUCAUAUUAAACAUGGAUAUGAAUUUUAUGUUUCCUAAGCGUUUGGCCUAUGAACUGAUCAGUGUUCUUAAAUUAUAUACCAUGUUAAGAGCAACUCAAACCAUUUUGUCAUCUGUCCUCCAAAGAACUCAAAGUACUUAGAAUAUAUUAUCCAGCUCAUCCUUAACAUUCAUGGAAGGUGAAUGAUUGCAUUGUAGAUCUUUCCCAUAAUGGGAAAUUAUAGAGAAGUUGUGGAUUACCUAACAGGGCAGCUUCAAAAGAUAAAGGUACAUAACUUGCAUUUUUCUGACUGAAGGGACAUGGUUUUAACAGUAAUGACAUUUCAGGGUAAAAGUCAAUAGGUUCACUAGUGCCAGGCCGGACCCCAGGGGAUGAGAACUGACCAAAGACUAUUUGGUUGCAUUUUUACCCCCAUCAUCAAGGAUGCAAUGAUCAUUUUGGGUGGAACUAGAGCUAGUGCAUGAUUUAGCACCACUCCGUGCACUUUCUCCUUAGAAGGAACACUGUCUGAUCUAGUGGGAAAGAAGGAGAGGGCAAGACUAACAACGCUUAGCAUCAUUUACCCUGCAAACAAAUACAUUCAGAUGGAGAAGAAUCAGGGCUGGGAAUGCUGGACUUUGCCAUUCAGGAGUAACCUAUUCUUCUUAUCACUGUAUUAUUCUGCUAAAAGACAGCAAUAUUUUCACACUAAAUGUGUUCAGUGUGGAAUGUGCCUGAAAGGGCAUAUUUAGACUCAAAACAUUAGCUUCAAGUGGGGAAAUGUGGGAUAAUACAAAGUUUGACUGUUUUUCUUGGAAAUUUACAGGUAAUGAAGUAGAAGGAACAUAUUAGUUCUUAACUGCCCAUAUUAGAGGAUAUUGAAUACAAUCACUGUUUGGGAAAUAUCCUAACACUUGGCACUGACUUUUCAAAUACCAUGUAGCUCAGAAGCCUAAAUGAACAAACCACCAAGAAUUUAGAAGUCCCCUUACUUCAUUCGGACUUGAGAUUUUUAGCCAUACUUUCAUAAUCAUUUUACUGAGAUUAACUAUAUUUUUCAUAAAAAUUAAUUUCAUGUUACUACUACACCAGAAAAUACCUUUCAGUUAGUGUAUAAUACUAAAUGAAUACUAAAUGAUACCACAAUACUAAAUGGGCUGAAAAUAGAAAACAAAACAAGAAACCUAGUUUUAUUGUCUAAUUUGAAUCACACAAAUACAAACUUUUUUCUUCCCUCAUUUUCCAUUUGCAGUCAAAGGGAUAAGCCAUACUGGGAAGGUUUUGAAAAUACUGUCCAUCCCUGAAAUUUCAUUUUAAAAUAGCAUGAUGUUAAACCUACAGCACAAUUCAAUUUCAAUAAUAAGAUCUCUUUCGUAAAUUUGGAAGAUAAAUAUGACACUUAAAAUGAUGCCACCGCUAGUCUAAAUCUAGUCUUCCAUCUUCUGGACUGCUACAGCUGAAUAACUGCUCUUAGUGCCUCUAGGCCAUUCUCUUUCUGGCCUAUUAAAAAUAUUUAACAGGGACAGCUAGGUGGAGCAGUGGAUAGAGCACCGGCCCUGGAGUCAGGAGUACCUGAGUUCAAAUCCGGCCUCAGACACUUAACACUUACUAGCUGUGUGACCCUGGGCAAGUCACUUCACUCCAAUUGCCUCACUAAAAUAAAUAAAUAAAUAAAUAAAUAAAAUUUAACAAACAUCCUGUAUGUAGUUCUCAUAUUUAAGUCUUUCUAAAACAUUGCUUUACAGUUUGGACCCCCCUCUUCAAAAACCUUCAGUUGUUCCUUGUUAUCUGUUGGUCACACCACAAAUUCCUGAGUUUGGAAUUCAAAGUUUUCCACAAUUUGGCACCUACUAUUUCAAUGAUCUUAUUUCCCACUACUUACUUAUGUCCACAGACUCUCUUCUCUAUUCAAACUAGCCAUAUACCAUGUAUAGUCCCACCUGCUGUACCUUAAACUUGUCCUAAAUGCACUCCCUCCGCCUCCAUUAUCUUAGUCUUGCUUUUUCUUUGAGGUCUCCUCCCUGACUACUCUGGGUUUUGUAAUUAUUCCUUCUGCUAAACUUGGGCAGCAUAUAUUAUUUAUCUACAUGGGCUCCUUUGGGUAACUAGCCUAUGCUACCUUAUAUUACCUAUCUUUUUAUUAAUCCUAAUAACAACCUAGUUUAUCAGUCUGAACCACAAUUCUCCAGAGGAGGGGGAAGUAUUAUUUUUUCUAUGUUACAGGUAAAGAAACUGAGGCUCAGGGAGUUUUCUGUUACCUAAGGUCACAUACCUCCUAAGUUGAAGUCAGGAUUCAAACCCAUGUGUUUUGAUGAUAAUUCCAAUGUUCUGCCCACAGCACCACAACUGCCUCCUUUUUAUAUCUUACAUUUAUAUAAUAAUUUAAGGUUUGCCCAUUAUUUAUAGCACAACAGUGCUUCAAGCAGGUGGGUGUAUUCCAUCUCCCCAAAAAGGUCUUUGGGGAUGGUGACUAUAUGUAUAUUCUCAGCCUGUAACAGGAAUACGUAUAGUAUAGUCCUUAGGUACUCCAUGGAUAGUUAUGGAUGACUGUAACAGGCAAAGAAGGCUCUAAAAAACAUUCCUUUUGUUCUUCCUCCUUCCUCCUUCUGUCUC